GGACGCCAAUGAUUGUUAUUCAGCACUCGAAGCUGCAUCAAGAUGUUCCAAAGUUAACGGAAGAACUUGUUCAAAUAAUUCCCAGGCGUUGGCUCCCUCCAAUGUUGGGUCCCCGAGUUGAGAUAGUGCAAGGGUUGCCGCAUCGUGUAUGUGGGGAGCACAGAAGUGGAAAAGAGUAUCAGGCACAUGUUCUCGGACGAGGCGGUCGAUAUGCUCAGAGGGUAUUUCAAUUAGGCAGUGAACCCCCCCGUAUAGUUCGGGUUGGCGAUAAAAUUGAAGUGGUUGCCCACCCGUAG